GCCGCUCCGCGCCGGCUCCGCAGCUUGCGCCCGCCGGCGGGUCCGGCGCCGGGCCAUGGCGCUGUUGCGAGACGUGUCGCUGCAGGAUCCGCGGGACCGCUUCGAGCUGCUACAGCGUGUGGGGGCCGGGACCUAUGGCGAUGUUUACAAGGCCCGUGACACCGUCACGUCCGAACUGGCCGCGGUGAAGAUCGUCAAGCUAGACCCAGGGGACGACAUCAGCUCUCUUCAGCAGGAAAUCACCAUCCUUCGUGAAUGCCGCCACCCCAAUGUCGUGGCCUACAUCGGCAGCUACCUCAGGAAUGACCGAUUGUGGAUCUGUAUGGAGUUCUGUGGAGGAGGGUCACUGCAGGAGAUUUACCACGCCACUGGGCCCCUAGAAGAACGGCAGAUUGCCUAUGUUUGCCGGGAGGCACUGAAGGGGCUCCACCACCUGCAUUCUCAGGGGAAAAUUCACCGAGACAUUAAGGGUGCCAACCUUCUGCUCACUCUGCAGGGUGAUGUCAAGCUGGCGGACUUUGGAGUGUCAGGCGAGCUGACAGCAUCUGUGGCCAAAAGACGGUCUUUCAUUGGCACGCCAUACUGGAUGGCGCCAGAGGUUGCCGCUGUGGAACGCAAGGGUGGCUACAAUGAGCUAUGUGACGUCUGGGCCCUGGGCAUCACUGCCAUUGAGUUGGGCGAGCUGCAACCGCCGCUGUUCCACCUGCACCCCAUGAGGGCCUUGAUGCUCAUGUCGAAAAGCAACUUCCAGCCACCCAAGCUAAGAGAUAAGACGCGUUGGACCCAGAAUUUCCACCACUUCCUCAAGCUGGCCCUAACCAAGAACCCCAAGAAGAGGCCUACAGCAGAGAGGCUUCUGCAGCACCCAUUCACGACCCAGCAUCUCCCUCCAGCCCUCCUCACCCAGCUCCUGGACAAGGCCAGUGACCCCCACCUGGGAACCCUCUCCCCUGAAGACAGUGAACUAGAGACCCAUGACAUGUUUCCAGAUACCAUCCAUUCCCGCAGCCAUCAUGGCCCGGCUGAGAGGACCCCCUCCGAGAUCCAGUUUCACCAAGUGAAAUUCGGUGCUCCUCGCCGGAAGGAGACAGAUCCUCUCAGUGAACCGUGGGAGGAGGAAUGGACGCUCCUGGGAAAAGAGGAACUGAGUGGGAGCCUGCUGCAGUCAGUCCAGGAGGCCCUGGAGGAAAGGAGCCUGACUAUCCGGCCAGCCUUAGAACUCCAGGAGCUGGACUCCCCGGAUGAUGCUAUUGGAACCAUCAAACGGGCCCCAUUUUCGGGGCUGCCCCACACUGAGUCAGCAUCUGGUGACAAUGCCCAGUCCUGCUCCCCAGGUACCCUGUCAGCACCUCCAGCUGGCCCUGGCAGCCCUGCAUUGCUGCCUACCGCCUGGGCUACUCUGAAGCAACGGGAGGAUCGUGAGCGGUCAUCCUGCCAUGGGCUUCCUCCCACCCCCAAGGUGCACAUGGGUGCCUGCUUCUCCAAGGUCUUCAAUGGCUGCCCCCUGCAGAUCCAUGCUGCUGUCACUUGGGUUCACCCUGUGACUCGAGACCAGUUCCUGGUGGUAGGGGCUGAGGAGGGCAUCUACACCCUCAACCUGCACGAACUGCACGAGGAUACUAUGGAGAAGCUCAUCUCCCAGCGCUGCUCCUGGCUCUACUGUGUGAACAAUGUGUUGCUGUCACUCUCAGGGAAAUCCACACACAUCUGGGCGCAUGACCUCCCGGGCCUGUUUGAGCAGCGAAGACUGCAGCACCAGGCACCCCUCUCCAUCCCUACCAACCGCAUCACUCAGCGCAUCAUCCCCAGACGCUUUGCCCUGUCCACCAAGAUUCCUGACACCAAAGGCUGCUUGCAGUGUCGUGUGGUUCGAAACCCCUAUACCGGCAGUACCUUCCUGCUGGCCGCCCUGCCUGCCAGUCUGCUUCUGCUGCAGUGGUAUGAGCCACUGCAGAAAUUCCUGCUGCUGAAGAACUUUUCCAGUCCCUUGCCCAGCCCGGCGGGGAUGCUGGAGCCGCUGGUGCUGGAUGGGAAGGAGCUGCCACAGGUGUGUGUGGGCGCCGAGGGACCCGAGGGACCUGGCUGCCGAGUCCUGUUCCAUGUCUUGCCCCUGGAAGCUGGCCUGACUCCAGACAUCCUCAUCCCUCCUGAGGGGAUCCCAGGUUCUGCACAGCAGGUGAUCCAGGUGGACAGGGACACAGUCCUGGUCAGCUUCGAACGCUGUGUGAGAAUUGUUAACCUGCAGGGGGAACCCACGGCUGCACUUGCCCCUGAACUAACCUUUGACUUCACUAUUGAGACUGUGGUGUGUCUGCAGGAUAGUGUGCUGGCGUUCUGGAGCCAUGGCAUGCAGGGCCGAAGCCUCGAUACCAACGAGGUGACGCAGGAGAUAACAGAUGAGACCAGGAUCUUCCGAGUGCUGGGGGCUCACAGGGACAUCAUCCUGGAAAGCAUCCCAACUGAUAACCCCGGGGCACACAGCAACCUCUACAUCCUCACGGGUCACCAGAGCAGCUACUGAGCUAUCUCCCUGAUGGCGCCUAGGCCUCAGUUGCCACCUCCAGCCUCUGCUGGGGUUCCAGAGGGCAGACCUAAUUCUGAGACAUGUUUGGGGGCAGAGAGGGGAGGUAGCCCACCCACCUCAGCAAUAACUGGACCAGAGGGAGCUGUGAGCACCUACCCUCCCUGGAGAGCGUCCCCAGUACAGGAGGCCCUGGGCAGGAUAGACUGCCUGGCUGAUCCAUUCCACAUUUUCACUUUUCCUUUCCAUUCUUUCUGCCAAGAAGAGCCUGCCCCAGGUUCUAUCCUGGGCAACAUGUAUUUAAGAGAGAAUUAUAUUGGUAUUAAAGCUGGUUGGUUUUAUCCCACUAGUCUCUCUGAGGUAGAGGAGUUGAGCCCUCACCUUCUCUCCCUUCCUCUCUCCUUCAUCUUUGUCUCCCUCUUUCCUGCAGGACAUCUUUCUGUAAGUACUUGUUGGUCUCAGGUGUGCACCAUAGAAGGGCCAGCCCACUAGUGCUCUGUGGCGUCUAGGCUCAGGUGACAUAAGCCAGUGGUCUCUGCCCCAGCAGCCCUCUCUUGGCUGUGUCGAUUGAGUCCUCUGCUGUAAUCUGGCAUCUUAUGGACUCGUGCAGGGGAACUCUUAAGCAGAGACCUGUCCAGGGCAGCCUUGCCCCAAGUAGGAUCUUGCUUGUGGUCUGUGGGAUGCUGGCAGCUAUGUCCAUUUCUGAGACCUGCACCCUGCCCCGGCCCUGUCUACUCCAGUGUCCAGUGAACAGCCUGUAACCAUACAGCGAAGCAUCGCUUACACUGGAGAGAGGGAUGUGAGUUCCUUUGCUGUUCAGUCACUCCACACCAAGAUACAGCUUAGCACCCCGGAAACUCGCUGGCAUCUUCUCCCUGUGGUUUAUUCUUUGUAUUGUCCUCCCUUAGUCCCCGUCCCUGUGGUUCCAGACACUGAAGGCCAUCGAAGAAUGGUGGGGCACACAGAUAAGGCCCAGCCUGGGGUGGGUAAGGGGGCGUGUGGAGUAAAGGUCCAGCUCUGUCACCCUCUGACAUUUAGAACAAAUGUUGGCAGAAGGUGCCUGGCAUGCUGGCUGCGAGUACUUGCCAGCUGAGUGAAGCAGUGGGUGGGUGAGGGUGGGUAGGUGACAGUUCAUGUGAGCAGAAUUGUGGGCCUUGUGGUUGUUACUGUCCUCUUGACUACUCUCUUCCAAAGCUCUGACUGGUUUCCAGUGACCAAGAGGUUAGCUUGACCAAAGUAGGAAGCCAGAGGAAGGAAAGGGACACAGUAUUUGUCCUCAGGGAGACAGACCCAAGUCAACUGAGGGAUCAGGGGAGAUAGGGCUACAGAGUAAAUACUAGCUUCCUAUCUCCCCGAUUUCUUGGGGGGAUGCUGGCAGUAGGGGGUGAGAGGUGUUCUCCACCCAGUUCACAACACUUGAUCCCAGGUACCCUGAGAGAACUGGUCCUCAGACUUUAGAGAGUGGCUGCAGACAGUGACACCUGGUGGCAGGAGCCCAUCAGAAAAGGUUUAGGGGUAUAGUGUGCCAAAGUGAGGAGCCUGUGAAAGACAAGAUCCACUGAUGUUUGCUCCCACAAAGGUGGGUGCCACAAGCCAAAGACAGGGCAAGCCAGGAAUAUGCACUAAAAGACAUAAUUUUAUUUAUGUAUUUGUAGCCUUUUUCAGAUACAAAAUAGACUCUAGGUUAGGCUAUGGUGAAUACCUGUGAUCCCAGUACUCAGGAGGCAGAGGCAGGACUGCCUGUGAAUUAUAGUCCAGCCUGGUCUCCAUAGUGAAUUCCAGGCCAGCCAAGGUUAUAUGUAGGCAAGACUCUGCGUCAAAAAUAAAACCUGCCUUCUCGUUUGUCCUCCAGUCCCUUCUAGAAGUAUUUAUGAUAUUUAAAGAAUUUGACAUAUUUUUAUUCACAUGGAAGCAUUCUAUAUAUCCCUCUGGCUUUUUGAAAAUACAUUCUGGAGAUCUUUAUCAACCUGGAUUUUUUUUUCUUGGUAUAGCUAGUGUAGGGUUUUAUGUGUUUAGGUGACUAAUGUUAACUGAAAGAUCUUUAUUGAUGGAACGUAUUUCUACAUUAAUAUCACAAACCACACUGCAAUAAAUAACUCCCGUGUCAGAGCCA